UUCCAAGGUUAAAAGUUUGAAGCACUAUAGUUUCAGUGCGGAAAGCACCCCGCCGGACGAGUUGCGCGAUCGGAGAAGCAAAGAUGCUUCACACCUUUCUUCAUCCGGGUCUCUUACACAUUCUUUUCGUGUUGACGACCGUUUGUGUCGCGAAGAACAUUCCGGUGUUUGCUGGCCCAUACAUAACUUACGUUGAGAGGAUUACGCCCUGCGACAAGGGGUCCACGGAUGGACGGUGGGCCAUCUUCAUGCGCGCCUCUCGCUUCAACCGCUACAACCCUACUGAGAAGCAGAAAAUUACCGGAAACCUGACACUACUUCAGACCUUUGACGACACCGCUUGGUGUAGGGUCCAGGGAGGGGCAAUUGGCCUUUUGACCCUCCUCCGCGCUCGGAAAUGAAAAGCAUCAAGAGGACGUUCUUGUAAAGAUCUUACUUUCUUCAAACGGCACCCUGAUCCUGUUGUAAAAAUUGGUUGAACAUUGUGAGGGAGGUUUGGGCAAUUCGUAACAAACACCCACAUUCACACAAUGAGGGCUUUUGAAGGAACUGCUCACAUGAGGAUGGAUAUACGAGCUAACAAUGAGUGGAAAAACGGUGCUUUUGUGCUCAAGUUCCCGAAGAUAGGGUGCAGCAUGUUCAGAGCCAACGUACCGUCCCUCUUCAAAGCUGUUUACAAAGGCGUCAGCAUGACAGGUGCCUGCUCGGCACCUCCGGGGGUGUACGUUUUCGAUGAUCCGGUGGAUUGGGCCUUUCCCAACAUUCACGUGUUCCCGUACGGCCACUACUAUCUAACCUUAAACACCGGACAAAGAGACUCCAAAAAUGCCAGCCUCUGCUCCCACGUGGAGCUCCGAUUCAUUCCAAAGUCCGUCGUGUAAGCAUCGUAUCGUUCGUUUCACACUCGGCUCAACCAGGGUCUUCAAGCUUAGAGAGUGUCCUCUGGAUGCAACGGCGAAGAGAAGGGGAAACAAUUUCAAACAAAUAAAACUAGUGGAAAGAAAAAUUACUUUGUAAAUUGCUUUACUUGUCCACUGUAAUAUCCCUGUUUUUCGUGUUUUUGGGUGUGUGUAUUUUAAUGGACAGAAUAAUCUGUUACUUUGUAAAUGCUCAGCUCUAUGGUGCAGCAUCUCUAGGCAUGCCAAGAGUCAAUAAAAUCUCGUUAUAAUUUCAAAUCAAAAUUAUUUCACUUAUUUCAAAUUUAUUUCGAUUCAUAUCAUAUUUAUAUUUCAACUUAUUUUAUCGGUUUGAGAAUUAAAAGCUGCACCCACGAACUAACAAAUUCUACUAACGAUGGU